UGGUCCCCGCGUGCGCGUCGCUCCCGCUCAGGGUCGGGGCCGCGAUCCCUCGCCGGGGUGUGCUGGAGGGAGUCCUCUGCUGUCGACAUGGUUAUCAAAGUGUUUGUUGCCACAUCUUCUGGAUCCAUAGCGAUCAGAAAGAAGCAGCAAGAGGUGGUGGGCUUUCUGGAAGCGAAUAAAAUCGACUUUAAGGAGUUAGAUAUAGCCGGAGAUGAAGACAACAGGAAGUGGAUGAGAGAGAAUGUUCCUGGGGAGAAAAAGCCUCAAAAUGGAAUUCCCCUGCCUCCCCAGAUCUUCAAUGAAGAGCAGUAUUGUGGGGAUUUUGACUCUUUCUUCUCUGCGAAAGAAGAGAAUAUUAUUUAUUCGUUCCUUGGUUUGGCUCCCCCUCCAGGCUCAAAGGUGACGAAGUCACCCGAGGAAGAGACUUCCCUUCCUAAUGGAGACGUAGCGGGGGAGCUGGAGGGCACCAGCGCCACGGAGGGAGCGGAGAAGGCCGAAGAAGGUGGAGAAAAUGAGGCACAAAAAGGAGGUGAUGAGGACUCUGGCAAUCCCCCCGAAACACAAGAGAAGAAUGAAGAAGAGGGAGAGACAGCAACGGAAGAGACGGAAGAGGUAACAGAGGAGGCGGAAGCAGAAGCCGAGGCGGGAGAAGCUGAGGCGGGAGAAGAAGAGGCAGGAGAAGAAGAUUCUUAGGCCUAUCGUGCUCAGUUCUUCAACUUUCCCAGGAAAUCCCAACUGCGAAACGACAUUUCCACUCUCUCCUCACAAACUCCAGGAAACACCUUUCUGAAAUCAGCACCCUUCCCUCAGCGUACCUGGGGUUCACCGAGAGCUCAACUGUCCAGCGUGAUUAGGUGAACAUGGAUAUUGACUUAAAUCAUUUCAAGAUGAUACCAAAUGUGAAGACAUUGUACGCAUACCUUCAUGUGCCUGACAGUCUUGGUCUUGCCUUUAUAUAUAUAAAUAUAAAUAUAUUUUUUUCUGCACAAGUAGACCUUCUUAUCAAUGCUCUGAAGAAAUGAUCUUGUAGAAUAAAAUUUCUCCUCAUGAUAGAAGUAUUUCUUUGUACAUGCCUUAUGGUACUUGUUUCUGCCUUGGCUUUGACAAUGUUCUUCCCAGAGAGCAAUCGCAUAAAUAAAGAGUGGUAGCAAGCCUUAA